GCUCCUGAAGUGAAACCUGUGGAGGCUCCUGAGGAGAAACUUGUGGAGGCUCCUGAAGUGAAACCUGUGGAGGCUCCUGAGGUGAAACCUGUGGAGGCUCUUGAAGAGAAACCUGUGGAGGCUCCUGAAGUGAAACCUGUGGAGGCUCCUGAGGAGAAACUUGUGGAGGCUCCUGAAGUGAAAUCUGUGGAGAUUCCUGAGGAGAAGCCUGUGGAGGUUCUUGAAGUGAAACCUGUGGAGGUUCGUGAGAUGAAACCUGUGGAGGCUCCUGAAGAGAAACUUGCAGAGGCUCCUGAGGAGAAACUCGUGGAGGCUCCUGAGGAAAAACCUGUGGAAGCUCCUGAGAUGAAACCUGUGGAAGCUCCAGAGGAGAAACCUGUGGUGCUUGCUGAGGUGAAAACUGAGGAGGCUCCUGAAGAGAAACCUGUGCUAUCUGCUGAGGAGAAACUUGUGGAAGCUCUUGGAGAGAAACUUGUGGAGGUUCCUGAAGAGGGACCUAUAGAGGCACCUGAGGAGAAACCUGUGGAGUCUACUGAGAAAGUAACUGUGGAGGCUUCCAAAGAGAUGAAACCUGUGGAGGCUCUUGAAGAGAAACCUGUGGAGGCUCUUGAAGAGAAACCUGUGGAGGCUCCUGCAGAAAAAGCUGUGGAAGCUGUUGAAAGGAUACCUGUGGAGUCUACAGAGGAGAAAUCUGUGGAGGCUCCUGAGGUUGCAUUAUCGGGUGUUACUCUUCUUGAUAGUAGCAAGUUAGUUGAAAAGGAAGAAACUACAGGGACUGAAAUUUGUGGUGAGGCACAAGGCAAAGAUUCUGACCAGAUGGGUCUUUUAACAGCAAUUCUUGAUGAAGAAAAUCGGAAUGUACCAUCAGGAGAUAGCAUUAGUGACUCUGUUGUAUCAACUAUAUGUGAAAUUGGUGUUGCAAAGAAAGUUGAACCAGAGAUACCAAAGGAAAGCCAAGCGACUGAAAUAUCUGAUAUAUCAGAAGUAGAUUCAUUGAAGUUAAAUGGUGAUCACUCAGAAGCUAAACUGUCUGACAGUGGUCUUGAUCAUUCUGGUGUUUCCACUGAAUUUCAGAAUGAAGUGGCAAAAUCAAAUCUUACUGCUGUUGAAUCUAAAGACAUUGCUGACCAAAUUGGCGAUAUAUCACUUGGAACUGCUGUUAAUGCUAAAGAUGAGGUAGAAUCUGUGAUAAAACCUAUUUCUGUUGAAGAAACUCCUCAGAUUGAAUCGAAAAAUAAUAAGGUGUCCAAAGCUGAUUCUGAGAGCCAACCAAUUGAUACAGUCAAUGAAAAGCAAGCAUAUUCAGAUAUUGAACACUUACAAAAACUAAAUGGUGAUUUGUUACCAAAAGAUCUUGAAGAGAUUGUCAAAGUAACUAAGACUGAAGAUGGCAAUACUGUCAACAAAGUAGAGCUGCUGGUUCAAAAGAAAGCUAAGAUUUUGACCUCUGAGCAAAUUAUCAAAGAUAACCAGAAAAUGACUAAAACCAAAGAUACAAAACUGAAAAAGUCUAAAAAGAAAGAGUCCAAGAGUAAAAGUCGUGGAGAAAUAACUCCUGGAAAAGAAGGAGUCCGAUCUAAAUCCUCAAGAAGCAGUCCAGAGAAAGGUGUAAAAAAAGAGAAAAAGGCUUCAUCACUCGUCAGUACUCCAAAACAGAAAUCAACCUCUUCCUCUAAAGCAAAUGUUCCAAGCUCAAUGAAGAAAUCAAAAGGGAGUAGUAGCCCUACGAAAUCAAAGUCUAGUUCUUCAAAAAGCAAGGGCACAAGUAGUACAGAAAAAGCAAAACCAGUACUUAGGUCUGUCUCUUCACCCCCCAAAGCAAGUAGUAGCCCUAUAAAAACAGAUAGUAUUGAUUCUUCAAAAGUAUCUGAUUCAUCACUGAAGAAAGAAAACAAUACUUUGCCUGCUGAGAAACCACGAGGAAGAUCAACAAGUAGGAGCGUCAUACUCAAGAGAACAACCAAAACUGAAAAAUUAAGACUGGCAAUGAUAAAAAACACUUUGGAAGCUAGUCAGAACCAAGUUGCUCCAGCAUAUUCACAUUCUCCAAGUGCCCGCCGAAUACGCAGCUGCAGUCCCCAAAAAACCUCUCGAGUGACAUCACCUGAUAAAAGGACAGGAUCACCUUUGAAGACAAAGUCAACCACUGCCCGUUCAAGAAAAGAUCAAUUGUAUGAUCAGAUGGAAUAUGAUGAAAAUGAAAGGGUAUGUAUUAAUAGUGCACUUUAA